AUGCCGCCAACAUUCGACAGGCACCCUGACGCCUGGUGGGUUGAUGAGCUGUGUGAACAGUUUAGACAGCAUGGCCAGGACUACGAAGCAAGACAAAUGGAGUUAAGGCCAGCGGUAGGGGACUUUGCGUUUAUCCACAACGAAACUAAGGAUAUGAUCUGCGUCGAAGUAAAAAUGGCUGUCGCCUUAGUUACACCGAAAGGAGAACUGUCCUGCACAUCUCAACUCCGUAAGGUCAAAAAUGAGCGCUCCUUAAGGGCCACCAUUCGUGGGCGCCACUUCUCCGCUCUCAACCCGGUUGAUAUCUACCUCCUGCAGCUCAAGUCUUCCAAGGGAGGAUGGUUGGUGCUGCCCCGAAAAGUGCUACCGGAUGCUUGGUUUGACGGCACGGGAGAAGUCCGAACAAAGGAACAGGACCUCGGCUCCAUUGCAAGGUACCCGGUGAUGACAUGGCUCCCCGAGGACCCAGACUUCUUGAAACGCCAUCUUCUUCUUGGAAAGCCUUCGGAUGGCUCGCAAUUCGUGUCUCAGCUUGAGUCCAUCCUGAAUCUAUACGACGACCUGCAUGAUAACAAAGAACGUCCUUUUUAUUUACCUCCAACAGCUCAAGAACACGCAGACUUCUCUCGGCAGCCACAGAGCAAGCAGUCCGACCGCACUUCAAUUUUUGAUGGUGACAGUGACAUUGAUAUCCGCAGUGAGGAUAUUACUGAAGUCGCAAACACUCGUGCAGCUGCCUCGCAGGAUGGUUGGUCUCAGGCACUGUUCAGAUCGGUGGAAAUGGGCAGAGGUUGGGGAAUGUUCUAUCCCUUACAUACACAUCCAAGUGAAUGUCAGGCCUUCAGUCCCUUUCUCAAUUCAAGCUAUAGGACAGCACACCCUGAUACCCCAUUUGUCAAGGUGCAUUUCGCUUGCAUUUCGCUGCUCGACUCCCUGAUUGCUGUCUCAGCAUAUGACCGCACACCGUUUGAGCAUGCCGUACGCAAGAACGAGAGAUCUAUCUAUGUUCUGAGUCCCGCUUUGACUACAGGCGGGCGAAGCAACGGCGAAGGUAUUGAGGACGCGAACAUUCGAUAUGUCGUGCCAUCAGAACACUUAGCAUCGGAUGCUCUUCGCUCUCGGUGCAACAACGCUCGGAAGAAGGGUACAACCAUUGGGGCUCCACUUCCUCUACCACUUCGCAAUGACGAUCUGAUAGAUGCUUAUGCUAUGCCCAUCGCUGACGUUGUUUAUAAGCUCCUGAAUAUGUGUCGACAAGGUGGAGACCUUGCAACGGAGUUUUUCGGAGACAGGCAGCUGAACUGCGGAUGUACAAUCAACGUGGACGAAUACUUCCAUUCACAUAAAACAAUCCAAGCGGAUUACUAUGAGCUGAUGCAAUCCCAUGCGCAACCCAGAAAAGCUAGAGCCGCAGUCUUCUUCUUCGGCAACUACAUAUAUUUGAGCGUACCCUGCUUCGCUGGUACAUACCUACAUGCGACCUAUCCCCAGUCUCACACCGGAUCUCUAUUGAUACCACAUGCAUGUCCAAAGCUUCUUGUCAAGUACUACCUAAAUCUAGACCACAGCACCAUGCCGAAAAGAAAGAGGCACGCUCCUGCUCCACUAGAAAACGAGACAGAAUAUCUUGGGCACACCAGCAUUUCCCAUUCAAGUCGAGAGAUUCGUGCAAAGAAAGCUCGCGGUCAGCAGGAAGAUGAUGAAAAGCCGAAUGUGCUCAUCCGCGUGAUGCGACGGCAUGCAAAGAGUCAACGUAUGCAUUUGGAUACUGAAGAGGCCGAUUGUUCUCGACACACUGAAAAUGCCUUCGGCGCAAACACGAUCUUUGACCUACAGACCAUUGGACUUGACCUCUCACCACCAGAUGAACUAUCUAUACCUGAAGAUUUGAUCGAGAAGUGGAAGGCGAAUGAGAAGGAGAAGCAAGUGAAGGCCAAGAGGAUACAGAAUUCAGUCAGGAGUGGCAAAGCGCAUCUAGAGGGAGUGGAUAUCGGGUCUUUGCCAAGGGACGAAGUUGAUGCACUGUUCUUAUCUGCUACGGGCCGGUCUGAAUCUCUCAUUUGCACUUACAAGGCGUGUCAGUCAAAGAAGGCGAAAAACCUUCUCAAGUUGUUCCUUAUCAGAGAGCAUCGCGUAUGUAAGCCGUGUUGGAACUACUGGAAUUCGCGUGGUGUAAUGAGAGAUGAAAAGCUGUGUUUGCGGGAAAAGUUGCGUGAAAAGGCAAAGACAAGUCCUACGUUCACUUGUGUGAACAUACACUGUCAAAAGGAGACAUCUACCAAAAGUCAUUCUCGAAUUCUUGAUGAUCAACGUGUCUGCGAGGCAUGCUACUCGUAUUGGAGGCGCAACGAUAAGAAGUGGCGUCCAGAGAGUGUCUGUCAUCCAGAACGAUUUUGA